AUGAGAGGAAGUUUAUGCGGUGAGCCGAUGGAUUUGCCCUCCAUACUUGAGGGAUAUGCUGGGGAUGAGAGCUCAUAUAAUGUGUCUGGAAGUGAUUCUGGAAGUGAAUUAGAAUUGACAAUAUCGACUCCCAGAAAGUCCUUUCACCGGAGUAACCGACCUAGACCUUCAUUUGUAAGUAGGGAGGCCAAGAAGAGACACUCAGAGAGGUGGAAGAUGUCCCAAAGGUAUCAGAAUGUUGGAGCAGUUGGUAAAGCCAGCAGGCCAGAGAAUUUUUAUCCAAUGACUGGUUUGGAUGGAUCCAGUGACAGAUUUGUUAGCAAUAAUGAAAUUGCUGAAUGGGAUAGUCCUUUGGGUAUUAGUCUUAGGGAUGGUUGGAAGGAUAGUAUCAGAAUUUCAUCCCGAUCGAGAUAUUUUGCUGCUUCAUGUACUAGCUUUGGUGGCCCUAAAACAAACAUGCAAUGUGGAACUCUUGGCCAGGACAGUUAUUUGAUGGCUGGAGAAGCCAUGAAUCGGGGUAAAAAUAAGGCAAUCAGGAGAAAUUCCAAUAAGAAAGAAGAUUGUUCAUCUAGAAAAAUAAGAUCCAAUAAUAAGAAAUCUCAAUCCUCUCGCUGCACUUAUCGUGGUAGUACUGAUUCCUUCGGGGAAGAGCAAUUUAACCUAUCUCAGGUGGAGAUCAACCUUGGAAAGAAAGAUCCUGCAGAACAGAAUUCUUUAGUUUCUCAUAUGCGGACUCAUAACAUCAACGGUAAAAGUACAAUUAAUGAUGCUGAGGUGGAUGGUGGACAUGCGGAUAUGUAUUCUGAAUCUCUUGAUGAGGAGUUGCCCUCAAAACCAUCAUCUUGUUUGUUAGGAAAUCCUACUUCUUCUACCCCUGGUCCGGAGGAUUCAAAAGCACAGGAUUCAAAUGCAGAUGGACUAAUGCUUACACCAAGUGACAAAGAUGUUGGCCAAGGAUUUGUCUCGGUGUCCGAGGACAAUGAAGUAUUUAAUGAUGAGAGUUGGGAAUCUGUCUAUCUAGCUGAUGUGCUAAUCGACUCUGGAUAUGAUGAUGCUGACCCCGACACUUUCGUGUCAACAUGGUACUCUCUCGAUUGCCCUCUGGACCCUCGUUUAUUUGACAACGUCGAGGAGAAGUAUUCCAAUGAGACAACGUCAUUGAGGUCUGAAAGGAAGCUCCUGUUUGAUCGCAUAAAUUCUGGGCUCUUUGAAAUGUUCCAGCAGUUCGUGGACCCACUCCCGUGGGUGAAGCAGCCAACAGGGAAGGUGGGCCUUACAAGGCAGAAACAUGGGAUCGGUUACGAGCUGCAGGUUUGUUAA